AUGUCACAUCAAAAUCAAAAAUCUAAAGACGAAGAAAACAACUUAAAUCAGUCUUUCAUUUAAAAAUAAAAGAAAACAGAUUUAGAAGAUACUAAUAAUCCUUUCAAAAAAAUAAAUAUCUUCUCAAGAUUAUUAUUCUUUUGGAUAAACCCACUUCUUAAAAAAUCGCACAAAUAAUCUUUAUCGCAGGAAGACAUCUUCUAAUUGUAUAAAAAAGACCAAAGUCAAUAUAAUUUUGAAAAAUUUGAACAUGUUUAUGAAGAAGUAAAGAAUGAUCCUAAAGUGAAGAAUAAAAUCAAGACAAUUUUCUUCCGAAUUUUUAAGAAGGAAAUAUUUAUAGUAGUAAUACUAUACUUUUUUAGUUUAAUGAGCUAGAUUUUGAACACUUUAUCUGUUAAGAUGAUUCUUCUUAGUUACGCUAGUCCAGACCGUGGAAGUUCACUUGCUCCCUUAUUGCCAGGCAUUUUUUUAUAGUCUGGUGUAUACAUCUUUUAAUCGAUCAUAAAAUCUAACUAUAACUUCUACUAUAGCUAACUUACAGUUAGAAUGACAGGAGCUCUAAGUCUAAAGAUAUUUCAAAAAACUUAUUAAUUUCCUAUGUAAAGAAAUCAAUUUUAUAAGAUUGGAGAUAUUCUAAAUAUGGUCUAAGUAGAUAUCUUAUAAAUUGUAACUUACAUAUAGAACCUCUUUACUUUCCUUUUUGUAUUUCCUUUUGUUAUCUUCUAAUUUUAUCUCUGCUAUGAUUAGAUAUAGAACUUUCUAAUACUUUUGAUCAUGAUUGCUGUUUGUAUUGUAACUUUUAUUAUUAAUUUAGUUUUUGGUAGAUGGUAUGGAUCUAUCUAAAAAAAAUUUAUGCAUGAGAAGGAUUUGCGUAUGAGAUCUCUUGAAGAAAUGAUGAGAGGAAUAAAAACAAUCAAAUACAACAAUCUUGAAGACUUUUUUGAUAAUAGAAUUAAAUAGAAAAGAGAAAAAGAAAUCAAAUAAUUGAGACUAUAAAAUUUACUCGUUAGUUUUACUAAUUUUAUAUCAAACAUAUCAACUGAUGUGAAUGUUCUUUUGAUAACUAUUAUAUUUGGAAUUACCUCUUUAAAUGAGUUUCUAACGAUAAAUAGUACAUAUGGAAGUGUUUUGGGAUAUUUAUCUGUUAUUCCUAAUGCCAUACAAGGUAUUGUGGUAGGUUCAAAUUCUAUGAAAAGAAUAGACAAUUAUCUUACUGAGUCUUUUAUUUAUCAGCAAAGUAUAGAUUAUUAAAAAGAAGAUAUAGAAUAAUCUGAAUUAGUUAUUGAAAUCAAAGAUGGUAACUUUUCUUGGGAAAACUAAAUUGACAUUUCUAAUAUCUAAAGCUCAGUGAAACUCAAUAAAAGAGAAAGACUAUCUUUCUCUUAAAACAAUCAAAUAAAUGCAUUUAAGAUUAAAAACUUAAACUUGAAGAUUAAGAAAGGAGAAUAUGUAGUAUUCUAUGGAGACUUAGGUAGUGGUAAAAGUUCAAUUCUAUAAGCUAUUUUAGGUGAGAUGGAAGUACAAGGAGGUGAGAAAGCUUUUUAAAACAAAGUUAAAGUUAAUGGAAGUAUCAGCUUAUGCACUCAAGAACCUUGGAUAAUAUAAGACACUGUCUAAGAAAAUAUUUUAUUUGGAUAAUCAAAGGAUCAACUAAGAUACAAAACAGUAUUAAAAGUUUGCUGCUUAGAAGAAGAUAUUGCUUACUUUGUAGAUGGAGAUCAAACUAAUAUAGGAGAGAAAGGGGAUACUUUAUCUGGUGGUUAGAGAAAAAGAGUGAAUUUAGCAAGAUCUAUUUACAAAUAAGCUGAUAUCUACGUGAUGGAUGAUCCUUUAGCAGCCCUAGAUAUAGGUGUUGCUUCUUAGAUAUCUAAAGAAUGCUUUGAAGGAAUGCUUAAAAAUAAAACAAGAGUUAUUUUUACAAACAAUCUAGUUGGAAUGAGCAAUUCAGAUAGAAUUUUUGUUGUAAAAAAUGGAGAGAUAGUUGAUGAGGGAAAUUACGCCUAUGUCAAAAGAAUAAUACAAUCUAAUUUGAAUAAGGAUUUCAAUGAAGAGUAAGAUAAAAUUGAGGAAGAAAAAGAAAGAGAGUAGUCAAACGCUAUUCUUUAAAACCAUAAAAAGCUUAACUAAGAAAUAUUUAAUAACAAUUAUACUAAAUAGCUUAUUUAAAUUGAAGAUAUUUAGUAAGGAUACAUCAAAUUUGAAGUAUUUAAAGAAUUUGUUCAAGAUCUUGGAGGAUUCUUCUUUAUAUCUACUUUAUUAAUACUUUUAGCAGGUUUCAUAUUAAGUAAUAUGUAUUCUAGACUAGUCAUAUUAGAUGUUAAAAACGAUGAAGACUCAAACACUUAAUAUAACAUAAUGAUGUUGUAUUGCUUAUAUGACUCUCUUAGAUUAGUUUCAAUACUAUUCUAUGAAUAAUUUAUUAUUUUUCGAAUGGUAUCUCUUUCAAGACUCUUACAUAAAUCUAUUGUGUAUAAGUUACUAAGAGCCUCUUUUACUAAAUUUUAUAAUUUAAUUACAACUGGCCGUCUUAUAAAUCGUCUUUCAAAAGAUAUAUAUGAAAUCGAUAUGUAAAUCCCUAAAGAUUUUGCUACUGUAUUAAAUAAUUUUGCUACUAUAAUUGUUUCUGGAGUAACUGUUAUAAUGUUAUGUAAUAUAAAAACCAUGGCUAUUGCAAUAUUUUAUAUAUUUUUAGCCAUUUUUAUAGCAUAUUAUUUUAUAACAGCCAAAAGAUAGAUAGUUAGAAUAGAGGCUACAUCUAAAAGUCCAAUUCUGCAAUACUUUUCAGAAAUAAUAAGGGGGUUAUAGUAUGUCCGUAACUGUGUUGAAUACCAAAAUAUAAAAAACAAAUUUUAGGAAUAUGUUGAUAUUGAUUUAAGGAACCAAAUUGCUCUUAAUGGUGUUUAGUAUUGGUUUGAAUGCAUUUCUAACUUUUUAUUUAUGUUUCCAAUUCUAGUAACUUUAAUAAUUGUUUACUAUGAAACUGAUGUUUCUCCAAAUACAGCUAUCAUGAUUGCAGUUUAAGUUACUAACUUGUCAGUUGGAUUUAUUAUCUUCUCUUAAGGAUGGAUUUCAUUUGAGACUCAUUUUGUUAACUUUGAGAGGAAUAUCAUUUCUGAAAACUAUGAAGACUAAGCUGCUCUAGAUACAAAUUAAUAAAUAAAAUCUUCUUCUUAAAUUAUUUUUGAAGUAGAAGAAGAAGCUCCACCUCUCCUUGACCAAAACUUUGAUUCGAUAUCUGAUUGUAAACCUCAAAGUGCAAAUGUAGAUUAUCGACAAUCUAUUAUUUUUAAGAAUGCCUCAUUCUAAUAUAGAAAAGAUAUUCCUGCAUGCUUGAAAAACAUUAAUAUUAAGUUUAUGAGAAAUGAGAAAAUAGGGAUUGUUGGAAGAACAGGAGCAGGAAAAACAUCUAUUACUUUAGCUUUAACAAAAAUAAUAGACUUAGUUUAAGGCGAUGUUUUAAUUAAUGGAAAGAGCAUUUAGACUUAUAGUCUUAAACAACUCAGAGAAACUAUUAGUGUUGUUAGCUAAGAGCCAUAUAUUUUUGAAGGUAGUCUCAAGCUAAAUUUAGAUCCAUAUAGGCAGUACUCAGACAAUGAAAUUCUUUAAACAUACAACUAGUGUGGAUUCAGUAACUGCUAUUCUUUUCAAAAAGGAUUAGAUACAGAAAUAAGUUAGUUAGGUGAUAAUUUAUCAGAAGGUGAGAAAUAAUUAAUCAGCAUAGGUAGAAUUAUACUCAAAAAGUCAGAAAUAAUUAUAGUUGAUGAACCAACUAGCCAUAUAGAUGUAUAAAUGGAAGAACAUGUAACAAGAAUUUUGAAUGAGAACUUCAAAAAUUGUUUGAUGAUCACUAUUGCACACAAAAUAAAAACUAUAAUGGGCAGUGACAAGAUACUUGUGUUAGAUCAUGGUGAAGUACAGGAAUUUGAUAACCCAAACACUCUUUUAUAAAAUAAAAAUUCACAUUUUUCUGGAAUAUUAAAUAUGAUAAAGAAUAAUACAAUUAAUUGA